GCUCAUAAGUUGUUGGGGAUACUUUUUCACGCGUAUCAUCGAUUUUCACAAGCAAGAAAUACCAAAGCCAGUGCCAACUUGCAAUAUAAUAUCCAACUUCAAACGAGACGGUAAAGUGGGUCGUCAAGACAAAACCCAGUGGAUAGCAGAAAAAAACAUAAAUUGCGUAUACGCACUGCCAAAAUUGCAAAGCUGUUUAGUUGAAUUUACAAAGGAGGCAGCAAGCUGUGUUCACAAACUUUUCUAUACAGACUUUAUGCCCCCGGAGGAGAGUCAGAGGAGAGGCACGUUUUCUAGUUGCACUGACAGCUGAACAAUUCGCCGCAAGAGAGAAAAGAGAUAAGCAAGCAAAAUUAGAAAACACAAACAACAAACGCACAAUUCGCCGCUUGACAGCCGCUCAGUGUCUUAGAGUGAUCUCAGUAACGGUAGAGCAACGUAUUUUUCUUUAGUAUCCUUACGGGACAUGAAAAACUCAGUAGUCAACGCAAAGGAGGCAACAAACGAGCGAAGAAAUAGCAGUGAAUAGUUCAAUAAAAGUGUUGAGUGUAGAAAAAUAAAUAAUUGCGAUAAGUAAACGAAUUGAGAAAAGAAGUGAAUGUGUUUAAUAAAAGAAUUAGUUUAAAUUCCAAUUGAAGUAAAAAAAGUGGUUUCUCGGGUCACUAAACGCGAAAUUUGGGUUACUGCGAACAGAAAAGUAACUCUUACAUACAAAACAAACAAAAAAGAAACUUAGUAUACUCAACUCUAUAUGCAUUAGUGCAGCAGCUGCUAGCGACAAAAACUAGACGUUGACUAUUUGUUGUAUGAGUCAAUGUGUGUUUCUUAGAAUUGAGUCAAAUUGUAUUGAAUUAAGAACAUAAUCGCGUAAAGCCAGUCAGCCAGCUGCCACUUCCCAACCGCAGACCACAAGCCAAUACCAACAAUAAUAGCAACAACAACCACGAGUAUAAGCAGCAGUAGCUAGCAAAUAGGCCAGCUGUAAACGCAGUAAUACAACGUUAAAGUUGACUGAAUUUGCACGUCCAUUUGGCACAAGCAACGCCGAUAAGCACACUACAUUUUACGGUAGUUGCUAGUUUGCUUACACAAUCGCUCUCAUCGCCAUCGCCAUCGUCAUUACCAUUGCCAGCGGCGAGCGUACACGGGCACUCAUAAAUAUAUACACUUAUAGUAUAUUACAGACAUUUGCAAAUUAGACGUAAUUAAUCGCGUCAUCAAGCGCUCAGACGUCAAAAUCAACAAAACACAGAGCUAAGGUGACAAAUAUUAUACAUAAAUACAUACAUACAUAUAUUGCUAAUAGAAACGUUUGCUCGCUCAUCACGCAACAGUAAGCGCAGCAGUUACUGCUUCAAUUUUAUUUUUUCGCCUAGUUUCUUAAAGCGGCCUCAAAAUACACAUACAAACGAAUAUGGCUGGCAGUGGGGACCCCAAAUGGCAAAAGGAUGCGGCCGAUCAAAAUUUCGAUUAUAUGUUCAAGUUGCUGAUAAUCGGCAAUUCGAGUGUGGGCAAGACGAGUUUCCUCUUUCGUUAUGCCGACGAUAGUUUCACAUCAGCUUUUGUGUCGACGGUUGGCAUUGAUUUCAAAGUGAAAACUGUGUUUCGACAUGAUAAGCGCGUCAAACUGCAGAUAUGGGAUACGGCGGGUCAGGAGCGCUACAGAACAAUAACCACAGCAUAUUAUCGAGGCGCCAUGGGUUUCAUUCUAAUGUAUGAUGUCACAAAUGAGGAUAGUUUCAAUUCUGUGCAAGAUUGGGUGACUCAAAUCAAGACAUACUCCUGGGACAACGCACAAGUGAUACUUGUCGGCAAUAAAUGCGACAUGGAAGAUCAGCGUGUGAUCUCUUUUGAGCGAGGCCGACAACUGGCCGAUCAGCUGGGUGUUGAAUUUUUCGAGACUUCAGCCAAAGAAAAUGUGAAUGUUAAGGCUGUUUUCGAGCGACUAGUCGAUAUAAUUUGCGACAAAAUGUCGGAGAGUUUAGACUCGGAUCCUACGUUAGUGGGUGCCGGGCAGAAGGGACAACGACUGACAGACCAACCUCAAGGCACGCCCAAUGCGAAUUGUAAUUGUUAAACACACAUACACGCCCUUACCCACAUACCCCACAUACAUACAUAUAUAGACACAAAUAUACUUAAAUGAAUAAAUAAAUAAAUAAAUAAAUGUAAAACUAUUUAAAAACUAAGUAAUGCAGUAAUAUACAUAAAUAAAUGCUGUUGACUUGUGUUGUCAUAAUAAUUUUUGUUGUCCCGAUUUUAAUGUUUUUGAAAAUCAAUUAAAAAAUACAUACACACAUAGUUUGCUGAAUUGUAUGUAUGUAAAUGUGCUGAAGAAAAUUUUUAAAUUCAAAAAUAAUUGAAGCUGUUGAAGAAAAUUGAAAAUUUGUAAAAAAUUAAAAGAAACACUGGCGCCUGCAAAAAAA